AUGAAGAUUUUCUUCCCUAUCGUAGCCCUCGCUGGGCUUGGCUUGGCUGCAGACAUGAACGUCUGGGACCUCGAUGACUCUUGUCAAACAGCUGAACGCAAGGGCGUUUUUGAUAAAGCAUACAGCGAUGCCGAAGUCCUUGCUGUAAAGGCCCAAGGAGACCUCGAAACGCUGAAAGGCGCGCGCCCAGACUUCGUUUCAAACAUGCGAACCAACUGGGAUCGCAUUGCGAGGGCUGCGACUAACAUGUUCGGUUUUAUACCAAAUAAAGAUGGCCAUGACCCCAAUGAGGAGCAUUAUUCGAACGUUAGAUAUGUUUAUGAUCGUAUGGUCAAGACACUGCAUAAUGAUGAAAUGAUUCCAGCAAACGGAUACGGCGGACUCAAGCCCCUGCUUCUUUGCGAUGAAAGCAAAUUCGUCUGGGUGGGAAGAGAUGACAAGGAUCCUCACGAUCCAGCAGAACGUCCUCUUCGCGAAUCGAGACCUAAAGAGAUGGCUGGUCAAACAGCCGGGGCUUGGGUGUACAAGAAACGGUACUUGGUGAACGCCGUCAAGCAAGCAAGUACAGGUCUUUGCAGACCUGGCGUGUUCGCCAUCACCCUGACCCGAAAUGAUUUCAUCAUCUUUUGUCCUCCAUCAUUUAAGGAUGAGACUGCUCAGACGAGGUCUGCCGUUGAUGCUAAAGAUGGCGUUCAGAAAGAUGAUGCGCUGGAUACAUACUCAGCCACUAGCCUUUCUCGUGUCAUGGUUCAUGAGCUUGCGCAUUGGUUCGGGGGUGAUAACAGUGGUGGACCUGAGAACCGGAAUGUUCCUGAUCAACAGGCUGUCGGAAAAGAAGGCGCCCUGGUCUUUCAAAAGCCCGACGGAAAGCGCACCACUGAUGCUUCUAUUCCGGGGGUCAAGAAAUAUGUCACAUACAACUUUCUAUGGGUUUCCAAUCUGGCGCGCUCUCACGAAGGGCCCAACGCGGGAAAUUGUGGCCCGAGCAAGGCCACCUUUACAGCUGAAUCAUAUGCCCUUUUUGCAUUAAUGUCUUACAUGGAUAACUGGGACUGGGCCAAUGAUGGAAAAGCGAAGGCAUUUGCUGACGAAAUGAUCCCAUAUGAGAGGCUUCCCAACGGUAAGAAGGCGCGCUUGGGAUGA